GGUCAUAUGAUCACAACAUUUGAUCAACGCUCCUGCAACGAAGCCUGGUCCAGCUACGACUUUGCUUGCUCGUUUUACCUGAAAAGUUUGCAAAAUUUAAACUCUACGGUAUUGCUUUCGCAAGCGUAAGGCUGAACAAUGAGUGAGGAAACUCCUAAGCAAGAGAGAGUAGAGAAGGUUGGGGAUUUGACUGUAUAUAUCGAGGGCGAGGAAGCCAAAGAUAAAACCGACGAGAAAGAAAAUGUCAAGAAGAAGGAUGUCAUGAUCACUUUCCACGAUUUAGGAAUGAAUCAUAAAACUUGUUUUGAAAAGUUCCUAAUGCAUGAGGACAUAAAGAGCAUCAAAGAUCGCUUUGUCAUCUACCACUUAGAUGCCCCUGGACAGGAGACUGGAGCUGAAAAUCUCUCGAAUGAUUACCAGUAUCCUACUAUAAAUGAACUUGCGGACAUGGUUGGGAAAGUGUUAGAUCAUUUUGCUUUGGAUGACGCUGUUUGCUUUGGAGUGGGAUCAGGAGCAAAUAUCCUUUGUCAUCUAGCACUUGCCAGCAAAUGGAAGGAGAGGAUCCUUGGGCUGAUUCUGGUUGAGCCUUGUGGUGCAACAAGCAGCUUCAAGGAGUGGGGAGAAGCGAAGGUCAAGAAAUGGCAGCUGAAUGCGAAGGGCUUCACCGAAGGAACAGCUAAUUACCUCAAGUGGCAUCACUUUGAAAGGAAAACAGGCAAGCCCAACAUUGAGUUGAUGGAAAACUUCUGUGAUGAGAUGAAGAAGAAUAUCAACCCUCACAACCUAGCUGCUUUCCUCAAUUCUUACAUGCAUCGACCAAACAUAUUGAAUGAAGCAAAACAGAGUGUCAAGGACAAGUCUGUCUCGACUACAGCAUAUAUUAUGGUUGUUACUGGAGAGCAUUCACCUCACAAAGAACAAUCGGAACAAUUUUUCCGUGUGUUAAGUCCUGUGGAUAGGAAGAAGUACAGUAUUCUGAAGCCUGACUGUGGGACCAGUGUUCUGGAAGAGAAGCCCGACACAAUGGCUGAAGGACUCCUUCUUUUCAUCCAGGGCCUUGGAUUAGUUCCUACACUGCGGACACGCUCCAUGUCAAGAACAAGCUCCUUUGGAUCUACUGGUCGCACUGCCUCUAUGUCUGAUGACUAGAUUCCUUUAUUCCUUAUCUUCACUUGUGCAUAUUUUGUUACUUUCCUUAUCGGAAAGUAAAUUGAUAUCAGAGGGACAAUAAAACCUCUGCUGGUUGAAACCGGAAAAUGGACUUGAUUUUAGAACAAACUUUUGUGAAUUUGAUUCUCGUAUUGGGAUUUUUUUAUACAUAACAGCACUUCGGGUCGCACUGUUGUGUUGUCGUUCAUACAUUUCCCUCUAGAAUUAUAUUCGCUAACCUGGGUCAUCGUCUGACAUCUUCAGACAAAUAUGUAUUGUAAGCUGCUUUCUAUGUACGGUAAUUUUGAUACAUUUUGCUGACCAUGUUUCUAUUACAGUAGGUUGUGAAGGUUAUGUAUAAUGGGAAUUUGUUUCUUUGUAUCUGAUAUACGCCCUUUUUAAUGUGUGAUAAUAAAAUGUGAUUAAAAA